ACUUCCCGGCUAGUCCUGCGUCCAGCCGCCAUUCCCGAGGCCGUGCGGCCAGCCCAGCGUUUCCUGUGGGCGUAUCCUCCUCUUCACUCCAGGACACCUUGCCGGAGGCAGUAUCGAAGUCUUUCAAGCACAGUCCUGCGGUGUGACAGAAGAUGGAGGUGUGUCAGGAGCUUCGGAAACCAGCGAUAAGCUUGGAGUGUGGCCACUGCAGUUUCAGAGGCACUGAUUACGAGAAUGUGCAGAUUCACAUGGGCACCAUCCACCCUGAGUUCUGUGAUGAUAUGGAUGCCGGGGGACUGGGCAAGCUGAUCUUCUACCAGAAGAGUGCAAAGCUCUUCCACUGCCAUAAGUGUUUCUUCACCAGCAAGAUGUACUCCAAUGUGUACCAUCACAUCACAGCCAAGCACGCAGCCUCCGACAAGUGGAGUGAGCCGCCAAAAGAGCAGCUGAGCAAAGAGACAGAGUCUGGGAAAAGCCCUUCCCUUCCCGAGCAACAGAACACAGCCUUUGACCCAGCAGAAGUGAGGCCCGCUCCAACCCUCCCCAUAGAAACACAGAAAACUAGUCCGAGUUUGUCUCCAGAGUCCCAAGCGUCUGUUCCUCCGGUUCUGGAGCCUCAGAGCUCUGCUCCUGUUAUUUCUCCCGAGCCACAAGCUCCUUGUCUUCCUGCUGAGGCCUCAAAAACUGCUCCUGUUUCUUCCCCUGAGUGUCUAGACCCACCCUGUGAGCUUCCUGAGCUGGAGAAGCCUGAGCCAGUCCCUUCUCCUGAGUCAGUGAAGUCUGCUCUUGUCAGCUGCAAACCCCAAAGACACUCUCCCUUUGCAGAUACAGGGGCUCCCCCUUCAGCCUUGUCUCCAGAGUCACCAGUUCUGGCCACUUCCCCUGAACCUUGGGGGUCAUCCCUCACUGCAUCUCCAGAGUCUCGGAAGCCAGUGAGGACUGCCUCACCUGAGCCAAGAAAGCCAUCCCCUUCAGAGUCUCCUGAACUUUGGAAGCCAUUUCCUGCCGUCACUUCAGAGCCACGGAGACCAACCCCAGCAGUGUCACCAGGGUCCUGGAAGCCAGGACCACCUGGCUCUCCUAGACCUUGGAAGUCCAGCCCUUCAGCAGCAUCAGGAGCGUGGAAGUCAUCGAAGCCUGCCCCACCUAUGUCUCCUGGACCCUGGAAGCCAAUACCUUCUGUAUCUCCUGGGCCUUGGAAACCUGCUCCAUCGAUGUCCACAGCAUCCUGGAAAUCUUCAGUCUCAUCUGGUUCCUGGAAAACACCACCCACAUCUCCGGAGUCUUGGAAGUCUGGUCCACCUGAACUCCGAAAGACAGCCCUUCCCUUGUCGCCUGAGCAUUGGAAGGCAGUGCCCCCUGUGUCUCCUGAGCUUCGCAGACCAGGCCCGCCACUUUCCCCAGAGAUCCGAAGUCCAGCAGGUUCUCCAGAGCUCAGGAAGCCUUCAGGAUCACCAGACCUGUGGAAGCUUUCUCCUGAGCAGCGGAAAACUUCUCCUGCUUCACUCGAUUUCCCUGAGCCCCAGAAAAGUUCUUGUGGUAGUUCUCCUGAUCUCUGGAAGUCUUCCUUCAUUAUGGACUCUCAGAAGCCUAACAUCUUCUCUGAGACGAGGAAACAUGCUGCUUCUGGCUCGUCUGAGUCACCGAAGGUAGCCUCAGACAUAUGGAAGCCUGUCCUGUCUAUCGAUGCUGAGCCUAGGAAGUCCACACUGUUUCCUGAGCCCACCAAAGCAGUCCUUCCUGCUUCUCCCGAGCCACGGAAACGAGCACUUUUCCCAGAGUCCCGGAAGCAUGUACUUUUACCUGAGCUCCCCAAAUCCGCUGUGUUCUCAGAGGCCCAGAAGGCCACUGAGCUCAGUGAGGAAGCACAACUUGAAGCUGUGGGUGAUGCAAAGUGUGAGAGUCUGGUCCAGGAGGGGCUUCUGGCCACACCCAAGAGACUGUUAGACGAUGCCCUAUUUCCUUCUACAAAGAAGCUCAAGAAGGACAGCCAGGAGAGCUCGGAUGCUGAGCUCAGCAGCAGUGAAUUCAGAGCAGAUUUAGACCCCUUGGACAUGAAGGGCCAGGAGUCCAGCAGUGAUCAGGAACAGGUGGAUGUGGAAUCUAUCGAUUUUAGCAAAGAGAACAAAAUGGAGAUGGGUAGUGCAGAGCAGGCCAAAAAUGUGCUUCAGUUCACGGAGGAGAAGGAAGCCUUCAUCUCUGAAGAGGAGAUUGCAAAGUACAUGAAACGUGGAAAAGGGAAAUAUUUCUGCAAAAUCUGUUGUUGUCGGGCUAUGAAGAAAGGCGCUGUCCUGCACCACUUGGUUAAUAAGCACAAUGUCCACAGCCCAUACAAGUGCACAAUUUGUGGGAAAGCAUUUCUUUUGGAGUCUCUCCUUAAAAAUCAUGUAGCAGCCCAUGGGCAGAGCUUACUUAAAUGUCCACGCUGUAAUUUUGAAUCCAAUUUCCCAAGAGGCUUUAAGAAACAUUUAACCCACUGUCAGAGCCGGCACAGUGAAGAGGCAAAUAAGAAGCUGGUGGAAGCUCUUGAAUCGCCAUUGGAGGAGCCACAGAUGUGAUUUUCAAACACUGACCCCGCCCUCCAGUGUUGCUUGCCAAACUCUUAGGUGUUGAGUAGCCUAAACGGAUCGGUAGUCGGAGUGUGUGUAGUGUGUGUCCUGUUUGUCUGAGUAGUGUUACAGAGAGUAAGUACUUGGUUAUUUUUUCAUAUGAUCUCUUGUUUAUGUGACUGGCUAUUUUAUAAGUCAAUACAUUUCUGUUAUAGAUUACAGAUGGAUAUAACUCAUUUUCUUUAAGCUUAUUUUAGUCAUAAUACAAGGAGUAGGGGAAAGUAGGCAAGCCAUUUAGUAAACGAGCAAAUUUAAACCCAAUCAGAGGCUUUCUCCUCCACUGCGGGCGUGUGUGUGUGUGUGUGUGUGUGUGUGUGUGUGUGUGUGUCUGUCUGUCUGUCUGUCUGUCUGUGUGUCUGUCUGUGUGUGUGUGCAUGUGUGACUGAUUUCAGAGCAUAGGAAUUAUUACAUGAGGCUCAGUGCAGAGCCUCUCCCAGCAUGUCUCGCAUACUAACCGUUCCAGGGUUCUAUCCCUAGUACUUAAAAAAAAAAACAAAAAAACAAAAACGGGAUGUGUGAGAACUGAGCAUGAAGAGUAAAUUUGAGGAAAAUGUUGUUAAAUGUACUUUUGAACCAUGUCUUAUUUUUUCAUGUAAAAUAGUUUAUAAAUCUUUAAUAUUUUCUUGAUGUUCAUUAAUGUUUGUUACAGAGCAGCGGUUCUCAACCUUGGGGUGGAAAGACGCUUUCACAGAAAGCACAGAUAUUUACAUUAUGAUGAUAGCAAAUUAUUUAUAAAGCAGCAGUGAAAAUAAUGUUGUGGUUGGGGUCACCGCUGUAUGAAGAACACAUUGAAGGGUCACGGCAUUAGGAAGGGUGAGAGUGCUGCUGAAGAGAGUUGGAACCUUAUGGUUGCUGGUUUUCUGCUGGUAGGACAGCCUCGUGAGCUUUUAAAGCAGUUUUGGUAUUUUCUGCAGGCUGAGAAGGCCACGUGAUUAAGGACACCACUUCCCUCUAGUUCCUUCCAGUGAAGUCUUCCUUGUGGGGCUUGCCCUUCACUGCCCUGCCAGCUCCCAUCAGCAGAUGAUCUUUAAUUGCCAAAUGUGCUAGUGUUUGUACCUCCUAGGCUGGGCCUUGUGGACUUUGUGUUGGGGCUCGAGACCCGAGUAGUGAGUGGGAGCUGAAAGUCUUCCGGAUUCGCAUGGGACGUUGACGAGCAGUGCGGUCUGGCAGCACUGCUCACCGACUCCGACUCGGCCACUGGGGAGCUGGGUUGGAGAGGGUUCACUUGGGCCCCGCCUGGGCAGCACAGUGACAUCCUGCCUCAAAAAGCAUUCCUGUCUGAAAACAGUUUGAUUUUGUUUCACAUGUUUUGCCAUUGUAAAUACCUUGUAUCUCUAACAUAUUUUGUUAAAUGUGUACCGACCAAAUUAAAACGGCUUUCACGUUA